AUGUUACGGCAUUUGCUCGGGAUCCGCCCAGAUCUUAUCCACAGUUGUACACUUAGUCGAUUUAAGCACACCAUGCGUCUUGUUCAAUUUGUUGAAGGUGGAAGGCAGAGGGUUGGUGUCGAGACCAAAGAUGGCGGCAAUGUGGUUGACUUGUGUGCUGGCGAAUCCUCUAUCUCAAGUGAUAUGAAAUCUUUCCUAGAAGGAGGAGAAGAAAUGAUGAAGAAAGCACAAAGGUAAAAGCUCGUGUGGUUUGAUAUUUAGAGUGAGCACAAAAUAAAUUGCGUAUUUAUUUGGGUACGCAUGUUCAUUGGAGCCUAACCUACCCCGAUACCUACCCCCACUUUGAAAGUGGGGAGGGGGACGGGGAGGGGGGAAUGGUGAGGUUGGGGUUGGGUUGCUGUCUUUAACAUAAUUCCUUCUAAGGCCCGAUAGCAAACCAUGUUAGCUGUUUGCUUUUGGCCUCUUGCCUACCGGCAGAGUAAGCCUCCUCAGAUCAACGCCACCGCUCUCUGUAUAGUGCUGGUAGAACGCCUGCCAGGCUAGAUUAAUAUGACGUGUUUAUGGUUUUGUUGAUGCAGAUUUCUCUCUGAAAAGGUGUAAAUUAGCCCCUACCCAACCUUGUUAACUAGUGCAGAUGAUCAUUUGUUUCUUUCCUCAGGAAAACUACUCUGGUAACUUCUCUUAAUCAUGCUUGGUUUGGAAACAAAUGUUUUUUCUGUAGAACUUAAAGACUAUCAUUUUCAUCUUAAUUCUGAAGGAAAAGGGAAGGUGGCAAACACAUGGAAUGGAUUGACUGGGUCAUUCUGUUGUGCUCUUGGGCAAUACACUUAAACAAGGGUCCCGCAUGCUAUUUACGUGACGCAUGAUUGGGGGUUUUCCUCAUGAAUGCUGAUUUAAAUUUUUUUUAUUCUUGAAUUGUGAUUAAAGAUAAUAAGAUCUUUUCACUUUUAUUUAAAUGCAACCCAUGAAUGAAGAGAUUAAUUAAACAUUAUUCUUGAACCAUUUUGUUUUGCAUAAUGAAUUUGUGACUACUCCAAAUGGCUCAACUGAGAGGAUCAAAAGCUUUAUAAACAGGUCCAAAAAAGUGAAAACAUCCAUCUGUGAAUUGGUUUUUUUUUCUUAUUUAAAACCUGAUUGUCUUGAUUAUUGAGUGAACAUAGAAGACUUUUGGAUAUUAUUUAUGAUGUGUGAAAAGGCCAAACAUUUUUACAUGACCAAAUUUUUUACAAAAGGGUAAGGGGGACACUCUUAAACUUUAAAGUGCCUAUUUUCACUCUGAAGUGUAAUUACCUGGGAAUACCUAUGACAGACCAGUGUGGAGAAGCAGUGAUACUCUUAAUUACUUUAUGCUGCUAAACCAAAAGAAGCAUUGUUGGUUUGAGCCACUUGGUUGUUACGAAUUGACCUCAUAAAGAUUAUUCUGUUCACCUUUUUUUCAUUGUAGGGUAGUGGAUGGAGGUCAACAUGUGUUGAAGAGGGCAGAUAUUCAACUUAAGGCUCCAAUUCACAAUCCCAAUAAACUCAUCUGCAUUGGAAUGAACUAUGUUGACCACUGUUUAGAGCAGAAUGUUCCUUUGCCCACAGAACCUGUAAUUUUUAGCAAGUUUACCAAUGCAAUAACAGAUCCAGGAGCACCAAUCAUUUAUCCUGAGGAGACACAGGUCUGUUAUUUUUUCAAGAGGUUUAGAAUCUUUAAUCAACUUAUUGCUUGACUUUUAAAACUUAUCACACAACCAGUUAAUUGUGUAUACUACAAUCUGUGACAAAGUUACAUGUAGUCAAUAUGAUGACAUAACAUGACUUAUUAAUAUGAUAGACAACUAAUUUUAUCACAGACUGUAGCAUUGGUGCAGCCAGUUUUAAGGGCAAUAUUGAAAAAAUGAAGUUUUUAUUAACCUCUCUGUAGACAAUACCUUCCAUUGAUGAUCCCGCAAACAAGAACAGCAAAAGAAAAUGUAAUGUGAUUAAGCAAUAAGGCAUGAAGGUGGCUUAAACCAUCAUAGAAAGUCUGUAUGUAGCUCAUAGCAUAUUAAACUUUCCCUUUUUGGAGGAGAACUAGCUUGGCCUCAUCUGAUAGUCAAUAAUGUAUUCCAUUAUUGAUGAUGUUUUUGAUUCACAGGAACUAGACUUUGAAGUUGAGCUUGCCUUUGUCAUUGGAAAAACAGGAAAGAAGAUUAAGGUAUUAUUGUUAAUCCAUUGAAAGGACAUUCCAACUCUUCUUCUUCAAAAGACUUUGAAUCAAGGGCCAAAUAUACCAAUACCUGCUAUCCUCCAGGGUCAUCUUUUAUUGAUUAACCCUAUACACACUAACACCAGUAUGCAAAUUCUCUUUGCUGUUCUCUAUACAUUUCCUAAGGAGCCGAUAAGGAUAAUUUGUUUAUCAAUCAAUGGGUUCUUUUAGUUGGUGAUCGUUUCCUUUAUUCUGGUGACUUUAAUGUGUGAUUCAGGGGUGAUAUUGUAAGGAGAAAUUAGAUGCUAGUCACUCUUAGGGGUUAAAGGGUUAAUGUAUUCCUGUUUAUAAUUUGAACUAAUUUGAAGAGGACUCAACUCUAUUUUUACUGAGUAUUAACUUAUCUGUAUGAAUUUCACUGGCAGGAAAGUGAAGCAUUGGAGUAUGUCGCAGGCUACACUGUGGUACAUGAUGUUAGUGCACGAGACUGGCAGCUAAAGAAAAAUAGUGGACAGUGGCUAAUAGGGAAAACAUUUGAUUCAUUUUGUCCAAUUGGUCCUGCUAUAGUCACUAAGGAAUCUAUAUCAGGUAAUGUGAUAAUUGUAAUACUAACAAUGUUCUGUGUAUACUACAUUUACUCAAUUAAAUGGAGCAAGGUUUUUUAACCCUUUACACCCUAAUGUCAGUAUGCAUAUUCUCCAUACUGCUCUUCAUACAUUUUCUAAGGUGCUUACAUAGAGAAGUUGCUUAUCAAUCAAGAGCUUCUUUAGUUUGGGAUCAUCUCCUUCAUUCUUGUUUGUUCUUCAUGUUUGAUCCAAGGGUGUUUUGUAAGAAGAAAUUAGAUGCUAGUCACUUAAGGGUUAGGGGUAAUUUUUCGAGGGAAGAAAAGAAAGAAGAAGGAAAGAAGGAAAAAUGAUAUUUUUUUCCGAAUUAAAAGGAGGAAAAAUUCAAAAUCAUCACAAGCAGCAGUGAUUAGUGAAGGCUAAUAAUUAUAAGCCAUCAUUAAACAGUAAUUUGGGGAGUUUCAUCUUCUGAGGUUUCACUUGAUUGUAAAUCCAACCUGUCUCAAUAUUUUUGAUUCAUUGUGUGUGGCUUUUUCUCUAGAUCCCCACAAGCUGGGAAUCCGUUGUCGUGUUAAUGAUAACGUCAUGCAAGACUCAAACACUGAAAAUUUGGUGUUUAAGACAGAAGCACUGGUUUCUUUCAUAUCUAGGUAAGGAGUGCUAAAUUAAAGAAUACUGUGAGUUCUUUGGUAUAUCACAUUCCUGCAUCCAUGCAAUGUCUUGGUAAGAGCUUGGUGUUCUUGUUACACAAGCUAUGGACAACUCAAUUUGUCUCCAGGAAGAAUUGUUCUCUUUGUAAUGUUAAGCACAACUAAAUUAAAUGUCUAUUAAGUAUAUAAAGCUCUUUCAAGUUACCUAAAGGAAGCUACAGUGUGUUACUAACAACAAAUUCUAUAAGAUAUGGUUAUUAAAAAAAUGUAUCAUUUCCAUGUUCAGAGGAAAGGUAACUUUUUACUGCAGUUGCUAGAUACAUGUGGAUUAAAAGGUAAUUCUCUCACAAGGAUUGGACAAAGAGAAAGUCUAAGUCUACAAUGAAAAUUCAAAUCCUAGCCUUGCACUAGCUAGUUGCAAGCUCCACCAUUGAGCAUGUGUAAGCCAUGUUCUUUGUCAACCUACAAUUCUCAAAGGGCACUUUUAACAUUGGUGAUCUUAGCAAUAUGCAAAAUGCACUUGUGAUGUGUUUUAGCCUGUUAUAUGAUUUUCUUGCUGAUGAGCUUUACAUGGCUGAGUGUUGUGGCAUUAGCAGUCACAAAGUUGGGUCUAAAAUCCUCAGAGGUCUUUUCAUGCAGGCCUCACAUAAUAUUUAUUUAUUCAUUCUUCCCUCUUCACAAAUGGACUUUGCACGAUUUUCAGUUAUUGUGAGAGGAAAAAAAGUUUUAAUGUGAGCCACUGGGGAAUGUAUGGUUUAAACUAAAAAUAUGUUGUAUGACUUGAAUUUUAGAUUUAUUACCCUAUCUCCUGGUGAUGUAGUUAUAACAGGUACUCCACCAGGUGUUGGCUGUUUCAGAAAACCUCCAGUAUACCUCAAGGUUAGUAAAUGUUAAUUGCUAAGUUAACAAGAAACACCCCAACACAACCCAUGCUAGGCAUUUAGCAGUCAUUUGAAGGAAAAAGAUGUACCAAGAACUAUGCUACCUCAAGGGUUUGCAAGCAGAAGUGGAAAAGGUUCAGUCUUUCACCCUUCCUCAAAGUAAUCCUGGAUUACUUUUGACACUCAAUUGAAUUUGCUUUAAGCCAAAACGGAUGUAAUCACAAAGCCAAACAGAAGUAAGGAAAGUAUUGCAAGUAGCUGAUAAGAACUCAGAGUACAAACAAAUAAACUACAGAAAAACACAAGUGGCAGAGGCACAACUAGUCUUAGCUAUGAAGCUGAUUGGUUGAGAGAGAUAUGCGAUUGUUGUGGGCCAAUCAGAGAGCAUUGGAAGGAAAAUCAAUGCAGUCCAUGAUUACUUUUGAUAAUCAAUUGAAAAUUGCUCUAACAAGCAGUCAUGUUAAGGUACCAGGCAACAAACUUUAAUUUCACUUUCUUUACAGAGAGGUGAUGUGGUGGAAUGUGAAAUUGAUGAAAUCGGAUGUAUCUCGAACACAAUUCAGUGAAGUGGCCUUGACAGAAGAGUCUACACUAAAAAGCUAGUCACACCAAGAAACCUUCAAUUCAUUAUCAAGUCAUUUCAAGCCAUUCUGAUCCAGGGAAUAUGCAAAAAAAUACAGCAAAUCGAUAUAACUUCUAAAGACUUUACUUACUUUUUCAAAAUAAAAAAAACAUGUAAUCAUAAUUUAGGAGGAAUUAUAGUUUAUAUACUAAUAAAAUACAAGGAGUAUCUAAUACACUGACGUGAUUAACAAUAGUUUAAAUUAAUUCUAUUUUAUCAAUUGGAACACCCUUGAGUAUGUUAAGUUUUCACCAUACAUGCUUUGCCUUUGUUUCAAAAUGGUCUGUAUACUUUAAGCUGAAAGUUUUACAUGCAUUCAUGAAGCUGGAAAAAACAUGAAAUUAAGUGAGUGUUCACUAAAGUGGA